GCGAGCAUGCCGAAAGCGAAGUCCCAACGGGUUGGGCGUCCGAUCCCGGUAUGGACUGUUCACCCUUUGUUGUCACGAACUACCACUCAAGAGAAUUUGAAUACUGGGGUGGACAACCCGAUGUACUAUGACAGUGAGUCUGGUCUCUGUUCCAAACAAGAUGUUUGCAAGAAAAAACAUGAUACUUGGUCGGAUACUGAAUCUUAUACUGAAAAGGAAAAUGGCGGGCGAGUGCAUCUUCUGUUAGUCUCGAUCUGUAUUUUGCUCUUGAUCCUCAUCGGAAUGAUAAUCACUGUGAUCUACCUAGCCAUUGGUGAAGUAAGGCUAUCAUCUAUGGAUGUUGAUGAUGACUUUCAAGAUGAUGAAGGAAUUAGUCUUGUUGAAGGACGUAUUAGAAUCACCAACAGACUUUAUAAAGUACAAUUUAAGGAUGAAAGGACUGAAGAAUUCAGGAAGCUUUCUUCAGAAAUUAUACAAUCUAUGGAUGCAAUAUUUCUUCAUUCUCUUCAGCACUAUAACAGGACUACCGUUUUGAGUUUUGACGAAGGAAGCGUCAUCGCAAAAUGCCAAAUACAUUUUACACAACCACGCAAGGAUGCUACUCAUAAAAUCGGCAUGACAGUAAUAGAAGCCCUGGAAAGAUAUCAUGGAUAUUUGCCUGGAGGAAUGUUGCAAGUUGACAUCCGCUCCUUGUGUUUCACUGGUCUUCCCAACGUUAUUGAUCCAGUCUUAUCAGACGCUGUAAAGCUUCCUAGUAAGUCUGGUCUUCCCGACGUUAUUGAUCCAGCUUUAUCAGAGGUUGUAGAGCUUCCUAGUACGUGGGGUGCGUGGUCCGAAUGGAGUAUAUGUGCAGCACCUUGCGAAAUGCAAACAAGGUAUCGUAAAUGUAUAGAUAUUUCCACACCUUGCGCAGGAAAAGAAAGAGAAGUCCGCAGUUGUCCGUGCGAUGUAAAAGAUGAUCUGUUUACUAACAAUGCAACAAGUGUAAUAAUGGAAUGUAAUGGUGAUUGUGCAAUUGGACACAUCUGCAUAUUUUUGUACCAAACGCCAUAUGCUCGCUGUUUGGUGCCAAGAGAUGUAAACGAUCCCUCAGGUUGUGGUGGCUGGUGUCUUGGUCAUCAUCAAUUAUGCAAAAAUUUAGGAAACGCAACAUUUCAAUGCGCAAUUGUUCCUCCAUGUAAAGAUGGUGAGUGGCAAUGCUCAAAUGGGCUAUGUAUUCCAAUAACUGAUAUCUGCAAUGGUCAUGAAGAUUGUCUGGAUAUGUCUGACGAAUUAAAUUGCAACUGCGGUAGUGGCUACUUCCGUUGUGGAAAUAAUACUCCAUGUUUACCAGAUAAAUUUAAAUGUGAUGGAAAAGUGGACUGUUGGGAUGCUAAUGAUGAGCUUAACUGCACUAAAAGUUGUCCAACAAAUGAAUUUAACUGUAAUAAUGGCAUGUGUGUCGGUUUGGACCUCUUUUGCGAUCGUUAUCCUGAUUGCUCUGAUGGCACGGAUGAGCCAGAUGGUUGUGGCGAUCCUUGUUUAUCGACACAAAAGGAAUGCAAUAAUGGGAGAUGCAUCUAUAGCGAAUUUUGGUGCGAUGGUGUUGAUGACUGUAAAGAUGGAAGUGAUGAAAAAGAUUGUAGUAGCACAAGCUCACCACUUAAAAAACAACCAUAAUGAUGCAAUGCCCAAUUCAUUCAAGACAUAUCUUCAUCAUUUGUUAUGACGUGUUACUUCAUAAUCAAUCAGUAAUGUUUUUAUCUUUUAUACAAUUUUACAUGGAUGAUUUAAUGUUUAUAUUUGAAAUCAUACAAAAAGCUGUAAAAAUGCUUUUUAUUCCAUUUGUGUUUUCUCUGCAUCUUUUUAUACGUCUAUUUUUACGUUAUUCAUUUAUUUCAACUACGAAAAAGCAUUAUCAUGAAUUUGUAUUUCUAAAGAAGUUUAAAGGUCUCAAAGGACGACUUUUCAUCUGUGAUAACAUUGUUGGUUGAGCCUAAGAACAAUGGCAUUUUGACACGACUUUUUGAUUCUAGAAAAUUUUAUUAGUUUAUUUCAAUGCAAGUGGAAUAUUAUAUUUAAAUGUAAUUUCCUUCUAUCAUAGAAGUGUGUUCAUUUAAGUGAAAAAAUUGAAUUUAGGUUUUUCCCCUCUUGCUAUACCUUUUGUAGCGAAAAGGAUAAACCACUGUGAGCAUGAAUGUAUGAAAUCACAUGAAUGAUCAAAUAUUAUCUAUAUAGCGCUCAUGUGAUUUUAUCCUUGUGAAUGACUAAAUGUCACUCUGAAGCAAAUGGAAGAAAUUUAUAUGAAUAAAGAGCUUUUAACUCCUCGUGAGUGGUGUGAAGUAAGAAAGCGUUCUAACCAGGGCUCGCUUAACUUAUCAGGCAGCCCUAGAGACCAAACCCCUUUUUCAGGGUCGUCAAAUCUUUACAAUUUUAGGUAUUGCCUGAAAUAAUUUUCCUUAAAGAGCAGGAAGCCUAAGUCACUGCUAAGUUGACCAAUUCAGUAAUCA